UCGAACACAUGACAUGAUGGAGCCAUGGCCGGCAGACCCGAGUCCGGUCGCAAGGUUUGCGGCAAAUGCCGAGCGCGGUCUGUGGAGUCACAGCCACGGCGAGGAAGAAACGGUGCCACAAGCCGUGGCAGGGAGAGCCAAGGCUUUCACCAAGGCCCCCAAGGCCCUCAAGGCCCUCAAGGCCCUCGCCAUGUCCCACGACGCCCCGAGACGAAACCUGAGUGGCGACAUGAAGAUCCUGUGCCAUGGCAGCUGCAACAUAUGGCCAUCACCUGUGAAGAUGCAGUUAGGCGGAUUGAUGAACUCUGUGCUGUUACGCAGCACUUGUUGAAGGAGUUGGACGUGUAUGGAUGGGAAAUGGAUGAGAGACAUGAGAGGAAUAGCGCAGGCGCGGUCAAUGGCUACCAAAGUUACCAACUGAAAGAUGCGAGGGCUGCGAGGGGCUUUGCGCAAGCCGUUCCUGUGCUGCCGCAACGCGAGGCUGAAUUGGGAGAACCUCCCAGCACCAGUCACCGUUGUGUCCCAGAGCCCCAUCCGGAAGUCAACAUUGGCCAACUACACCCCUCACUGCCCUCACUACACCUUAGUUUGUCAUCGUAUUGUCCCCCACCUCUGGGGACUCGGAGUGUGAUGCUGCCCUGUGAUCGUUGCAUCGAUUUGGACGCGUUUUCCUCACAAUUUUCUCCUACGGCAGCGAAUGUGGGCCAAAGGCGGAGGAUAGCUGAGGAGUUGCAUUCUGGACGGCUCCAUCAACGGCUCGGUGCCAUCUACACUCGCAUGGCCGGAGACGAGACGGGCUUGACGUGGUCACGGGGGCGUCUGCGCGACUUCGUACGAUGUUGCUUUACAGAGCUGGGGGUGCAGAGCCCAACAGAACCUCAGAUCUAUGAAGUCUACAGCCACUUUGACCCGGAGCUUCGCUUGGGUUCCUUAACGCCUUUGGAAUCCGUUUGUUUAAGUGAAACGUUGCUGCGUGCCACGUUUCACGCAGAGCUGGCGGAAUCUGAAGCAGUGCCGACCUUGAGUGCUUCUGCUGCCGAUCAUCCCACCAAACUGGCUGAAAGAUGGGUGGCGGACUAUGUGCCGUUACCUGUGGAUGGCACUGUUAGCAUUGCAUAUUCCACAGGGGUUGUGAUACAAUUCUCUGAGUUCACACCUUUGCUUCAACCACUGGCAGUGGCAAAUGCAGAGCACAGAGAGAGAAUGCUGAAGACCAUUUCAAGCUGUCAGCUCUUGAAGAACGGUCUUCAAACUUUUCAGCAUUUCGAUUCUGGCUUUGGGUACCUUGCGUGGCCAAAUGAAAUCAUGCGCUUUGUCCUCGAGAUUUUUCACCAGGAGGGAUAUGUACCUGCCUCGCAACAGCACGUGGCACCGUUCUUUCAGAAGUUCGCACAGGGGAAAACCAAGCUGAACACCAGCGAGUGCCUAUGCCUCAUCGAUGCCGUUUGCCGUGCCAUACUUCACUGUGGCCUAGGUGGCCUAGGGCAUUCGGAUCGUUCUGAUGGCUUGGUCACCCCGGGCACCCUGGGCACCUUGGGCACCUUGGGCACUGUCUCAACCACGUGUUCGGAUGGCCAGGUGCCGCCUGAACAACGGCUCCAAACAUCCCAAGGCGCUGCAAAGCAGGCCGGGCCCUCGUCUGUCAUGGUCAGAGCUGACUUUCCUCAUCAAGGCUCGCUGCCUGAGGUUGCAGCCAUGACGAACGAGGUCAAUGAACUACUGGUGGCCAAAGAAGUUGACCGUGGUGACCUGCCCAAGGCCUAUGACUCCGAGCCCAAGGCUUUGAACACAGCAAGGGCCUGGCUGGAGAAUGCCAAAGAUCUUCCAGCCUUUGACCUCGGUGCCCUCGGUAGCCUUGAGGUAGAACUUCCUGGCGGCGGCCCGCAGCAGUUUGCCAGUAUGGCUCUCAGAGUCUACUGCGAACAUUUCGCUGGAAAGGAACGGCUCUACUACCGCAAGACUCACAAGGACGGCAAGGAGAGCGGGAAGAAGAGCGGCAAGGAGAGCGGCGACGGCAAGGAUGACAAGGACAGCAAUGAGGUGCUUGACUUCGUUCAGGCCGUGUUCCUAUCGGUGACGAAAAGCAGUCGAGUGGUGACCAUGGCCAUCAGUGCAGUCAGCCCUGUGGCCGAGCACAUCGACUUGAACGACUUGGGAUAUUUGGACAUCACGCAGUGCCUGUUGCUAGUGGAUGGCGUGUUGCGGUGGAUCCUCACUCACCGUAGUCAGGACACCGCCACCACUGCUACUACCUCAUCCCUGCCACUCUUUGGCACGUCAAUCUUCCUUCAACCGCGUGGAGAUCAAGUUGGAGCGGCAGUUGCAGGCCAAGAGGAGAAGACUGGCAGCGUACCAUCGCAGGCAGCGCAGGCAGCGCAAGCAGCUCAGGUCGCCAGACCUGUCGGCACCACAGAUGCCACUAUUCAGGUGUUUCGUGAAGCCUUUGCAGCGUGUGAUCAGGGCAACCAUGGAUAUUUGACUUGGUCAGAGGUCAAGCACUUCGUGGUGAUGGUUUUUCGAACAUUGGGCAGCGCUCCGCCAAGCGAGAGCGAUGUUUACAAGCUCUAUGCCCGCUUUGAUGAGGAGCACACUGCACGUUUGAGCUUGGCCCAGUGCAUUCGACUGGCAGAUGCGGCUGUUCAUGGCUUGGGGUCCCCACGGAGCGCGUAAUGCCAUAUCGAUCUGAAAGGAAAACAUGAGGGGCGAACCGACAGUGAUCGACUACAAAAAGUUAGCCCUAGGCAAGAUUUCGGGACGAAUUUCGAUGACAGAAAGGAUAGGUAAUGCGUGGUUUCAAUGGGUUUCGGCCACCUUCAUCAUAAUAUUUUGGCACCGUUUGAAUCUAUUUAAAAUUACAUUCGAUCAUCACGAGAACAUCCUGCUUUGUGAC